AUGAAGGCUGCAUCGGCGCAAAAAGUGUCGUUUUCAACAAUUGCGUGGCAAGAUCUGGAAGACUGCACUUCCGUCCUGAGGCGCGAGAGUGACUCCGGUGACCAGCAGGCCCCCCAUCAACAGGACAGUCUGUGCUACACCUCCCCAGCCUGCCCCCUAUCCCUACCACAGUCCCCCCCACAAGAGGAGGUCCUCUGGAGGGGUGUGGCUGAACAACAUAAACAAGCUUUAGGAGAGGCACUGGACACCAACAGCCAGCUUCAGCUCACCUUAAACCAAAGACAGGAAGAGAUAGCAUCACUGCGAGAGCGAAAUCUCCACCUGAAGGAACUUGCCAGCAAAGCCAAGCAUUUAGCGUCUGUACUCAAUAGGCUGAUCGGCCCUGGUGAACCCCUCCCUCCCCCUGCGGGGUCACCAUCGCUGAAGAGUCCGAUGAAAAGGAGGAGGCUGGAGGACCUGUUCGAGCGCACCCCGGCCUGCGAGGACGUGAGCCACAUCCUGAGAGACGUUUCAGAGCGCUGCAAUGCCGUGCUGCAGAGAGACUCCAGGCUGCAGCAGGACCCCGGACACGAGAGCCACGCCAUUAAGAUGCAUGGCGCGUUCGAGGGGCUGCACACAUCCAGGCCCUGCGGCACAGCGCUCCUGAAGGGGCUGGAGGAUGAGGAUGAGAGCCAGACCUUCAGGACGUCUGUCAGAGACCACUGCACCAUCCGAACCCUGGCCUUUCCCCAAGGACACGCCUUCACCUCCAGGGUGCCGCAGGGAGGAUACCGAUUCCGCUGGGUCCCCAGCUAA